AGAGGCAGCUUAAGGGGGGAUUCAGAUUCUUCCGCAUUGUCACUUCAAGCCUCGCUGACCUUAGAGCAUAGUGCCCCGCCCUUCGUUCUCGCCUGCGUCGCUCGGCCCCCGCUCCGAUUCUCGCAGCGCCUCACACCUCGCCCAAAUACCGAGUGUGUCGUCUCUCUAACGCGCUGCUUUUCGCUUCACUACGCCGUGUCGUUCCUCCGUCACACCGCCGUGACCUAUCGCCAUGUCAACACCUCCUCCGAUCGCCCGCCAGGCCUCUAAAUCCGAUGCCGACGUCGAACUACUUCCCGUGGAGGUUGGUCAGGUUAUCUGGGUGCCCGGCACCGACCGUGUGUGGGACAAGGCCACCGUCAUGGCCAUCGGCGGACUCAAGGUGACGGUGCGCACUCAAGCCGGCAAGAUCCAACAGGUGGAUCGCGGUCUCGCUGUGCCGCAGAAUCCUCGCGAGGCUGACGACAUGACUUCGCUCUACUACAUCCACGAGGCCGGUGUGCUACACAACCUGGAGGAGCGUUGCAAGCUCGAUGGCGGUGACGGCACCGGACAGAAGCCCUACACCUUCAUGGCCAACGUGCUGAUCGCCGUCAAUCCGCUGCGGGAGCUACCCAAUCCUCGUAUCAGUGAGGUGGUCAACACUGCAGGCAGCUCGCCGCACCCGUACUCUAUUGCUGAGAUGGCCUACCAGCAAAUGGUCUACAACUCAGGCACCGACCAACCCACUAACCAGUCGGUCGUCAUCAGUGGUGAGAGUGGUGCCGGUAAGACCGAGUCGUCCAAGAUCGUGCUGCGUCACUUGACCACGCGUGGUCUGUACGGCAAGAAGGCACGCGGAGAAGAGAUCGAGAACAUGUCCAAGACCCGUCAGGAGCACGGUACGUCGCUAGACCACCGUCUAAUUGAACAGAACCCCAUCCUGGAAGCCUUUGGUAAUGCCAAGACUCUUCGUAACUACAACUCGUCACGUUUCGGCAAGUUUAUGAAGCUGCAGUUCACGGCAGACGGCGAAUUCAAGUUGGCCGGUGCUCUUGUGGAGACGUAUCUGCUGGAAAAGUCGCGUCUCGUGUACCAGGUAGACGGCGAACGCAAUUUCCACAUUUUCUACCAAUUGUUGGCCGGUGCUUCACCUGCUGCACGUCAAGAGUUCGAACUUACGAAGGCCGAGGACUUCUGCUACCUGAACCAGAGCGGAUGCUACAUUGCUGAGGAGACAGAUGACCACGCGUGCUUUGAAGCCGUGGUGCGUGGUCUGAGCUGCGUGGGGAUCGAUGAACAGGUCCAGCACGUGAUUUUUUCGGUGGUCGCAGGUCUGCUGCAUCUCGGUAACAUUGAAUUCGUCGAAGAAGAUACGCCUGAGGGCGAAGCUGCCGUCAUUGAAAAGGAGUCUGCUAAGCGCGCUAUUACCACGGCGGCUAGAUUGCUGGGUGUCAAGGAGGAGGACCUGUGGAAGGUGAUCAUGACGCGCGACAUUGUUACGCGUGAGGAGACGUACACGGUUCGCCGGAACGAGCAGGCUGCUGUGUACGCGCGUGACGCUAUUGCCAAGGCGCUGUACAGCCGCAUGUUCGACUGGGUGAUUAAGCAGGUGAACUCGUCUCUGGGUCACGAUCCCAACCCGCUGCCGUACAUUGGAGUGCUGGAUAUCUUCGGUUUCGAAUCGUUCCAGCGCAAUGACUUCGAGCAGCUGCUUAUCAACUACACGAACGAAGUGCUGCAGGCGACAUUCAACAAUCAAGUGUUCAUUGCCGAGAUGGAGCUCUACAAGCGUGAAGGUAUCACGGUGGGCAGGAUCAAGUGGCCCGACAACCGCGAGUGUGUGGAUCUGAUCGCCUCGAAGCCCAACGGUAUCUUGUCGCUGCUCGAUGCCGAGGCUAUGAACCCGCAGCCUAGCGAUGCCAAGUUCCUGCGUACGCUGCACUCGAAGCACUCGAAACACCCAUACUUCCCGCGUCCGCAUCCGAAGGAUAUGGAGCACAUGUUUAUUGUGAGGCACUUUGCCGGCGCUGUGAGCUACACGAUCGGCGCCUUCAUCGAUAAGAACAACGACUCGAUUCCUGCUGAUAUGUCGAACCUCUUUUCUGGCUCGUCGAACAAGUUGGUGCCUGCAUUCUUCCAGCAAGAACCCGACAACAGCCGCCCGGGCAAGAGGAAAUUGACAAAGAGUGUGGCGGCCAAGUUCUCGAACCAGAUGCAGGAGCUUGUGGACACUCUGGAUGCUACGCGAUGCAACUUCAUCCGUUGCAUUAAGCCCAACGCUCUCAUGCGUGUGGGUAUGUUUGAUCCUCGUUAUGUCGUGGGACAGUUGCGUUGCCAGGGUAUCAUGCAGACGGCUCAGGUGCUCAAGGUGGGUCUGCCCACUCGUGUGAGCUACAGCGAGUUGGUGGGCGCGUACAAGAAGUUUAUGCCGCCUGAUGCUCAACGAUUGUUUGCGAACCAGAGCGACCCGACGCUCAUUACGGCUAUCCUGUGGGCCUUCCAGGUGCCGAUGGAUGCGUACAAGCUGGGUAUUACCAAGCUGUUCUUCAAGGCUGGUAAAAUCGCUGUGCUGGACUCGAUCUUGAAAAUUAACUGGGCCACCGAAGGCCCGCACAUUGUGUCGCGCAUGAAGCUGUGGCUGGCUCGUCGCCGUUGGCGUGUGGGUCUGGCGAAGGUCGUUGCCCAGAACAGUUUCUCGAAGCUGCUGCGUCGUAUCCAGUUCCGCCGCAACUCGGUGGUGCGUAUUCAGCGCUGGUGGCGUGCACUGUCGGUGCGUCGUGACUUCAAGAAGAAGCGCUCGGCUGUGGUGGUGGUGCAGGCUCUGUUCCGUGGUAUGACGGCACGUCGUCUGUUCAAGUCAAAGAAGCAGGAAAUGCUUGCUCUGGCUGCUGCACGUGCUGCUGAGGCCAAGCGCCAGGCAGAGGAGGCUAAGCGUCGUGAAGAGGAAGCCCGCAUGGCUGCUGAAAUUGCCCGUCGCGAGAGCAUUGCUCGCGCUGCGGCCGAAGAGGAUCGUCUUCGCAUGGAGGCCGAAGCCCGUGCUGCAGAGGAGGAGGCUAUCAGACUGGCGAAGGAAGCCGCGGCUGCCGUUGCAGAAGCCGAAGCUGCUGCUGCGGAGGCGACUGCUGCUGUGGAGCACGAGCGCCAGGCCGAGCUGCGUGCUAUUGCUGAGGCGAAGGAGCUCGAAGAGCGAAUGGAACGCGAGCGCGAGGAGGCAGAGCGUCGCAAGGAACAGGCUCUUCUGGAGGCUGCCAGCGUCAGCGCCAGCCUGUUGAGUGGUCUUGCUCAGGUGAACAGUGUGCAGACGCCUGCUGGCCAAGUGCACGUGGUGGAGAUCCCCGACGAUGUUUCGCAGGAGAACCGCGAGCAGCUACAGCAGCUGAACGACCUACUCUUGAGCGGGGCUAUCACUCAGUCCGAGUACGACGAGCUUGUGCCGUUCCUGCUCGAGAAGCCCGAAGAAGUCCCAUCUGGCGCUGCUCUCACCGCCGAACAGGAGGAGUCAUUGAGCCGUCUGUAUACCACGGGUGUCUACGGCAUCCAGAUUCGUUGCCCCGCUUGUGGUGCCACUAACAACACGGCCAAUGGUAACCACUGUGACGAGUGUGGCUCCCUGCUUACUACGAGCGAUGAGUCCGCUGCUGCCGCCGCUGAUCCUGGCUACUACGGAUACCGUGGCCAGAAUCGUCAGCAGAGAAGUUUGUCGACGCUGACGGCACCUCUGGGCACGUUCUCGACGGAAAACGGUCGCAUUGUGAUCCACGACGGAUACUUUGAGGCGCAGAUGCACCGUACGCAGGUUCUUCAGGACGACAACUACACGGAGUACACGGUGUACGUGCUGCGUUGUCAGUGGCAGCCCAAGGACGGGAGCGAGUCGACAACGUGGCUGGUUUCUCACCGCUUUAGCGUCUUUGAGAAGCUUCAUAAGGAUCUGAAGCGAAAGAUUCCGACGGCUGUGGCUACGAUCCCGAUGUUCCCGCGUAAGCACGUUCUUGGUGGCGUGUUUAAGGGCAAGACGGGCAACUCGAGUGCGAUUGUGGAGGAGCGCAAGCAGGGCCUAGAGAGAUACGUUGCGCAGGUGCUGGAGUUGUGCGCUCGUCUUCCUGAGAACUUGAACGUGCCGGAGCUGGACCGCUUCCUGAACGUGUCGCGCCAGGUUGAGCAGUACCGCCGUCAGCUCAUGUCCGGUGGUGGUGACGAAUCUGGCGCCGCGGCAGGAUUUGGCCGCGCGCUGAACGUGAACGCUGGUGGCGCUGAAGGGAUGGCUGCUCGCGAGCAGGCUCGUUUGCCUACGGAGCUGCCUACGCCUCUGGAUGAAGAGGAGCUGUCACACACGGAGCAGGCGGUGGCGCUGCUGAACGCGUCCAUUCGUAGUGCGCGUGGCGACUUGCGCCGUGACCCGCAGGUGCAGCACCACCUUAAGGUGUGUGUGCAGCUUUUGCCGCGUCUGCAGAUCUCGGCGAACCUGGACAAUCCGUUCGCUAACGUGGAUUUGAUCCCUCGCGCGAUGCAGUGCCAGGAGGACCUGGAGACGACCAUGGGGCUGUACAACGACUCGCUGCUUGCUGUCACGGAGACGUACGCGCUCUCCGCACAAGAAGGUGGCGGUGUGCAGGCGCCUCCUCCGUACGUCCCAGGCCAGCAGAACUCGUACCAGCCCAGCUACGGUGUUUAAACAGUGACGAUAAUGGACAGCAUAGGUAUGGUCGUAUGGAAAGGAGGAAAACAAGCAGCAGGAAGCCGUUGGUAGCUUGCUUGAGAGAUGGGAGUUGGCGGACAGAUAGCGCCUUUGCAGGAUGGCGCUGGUGGAUGUUUGCAUGUUUAGCUGCAUGUUUUCCAAUACAUUUCAUUUGAAAUCUACACAAGAACAAGAACGCAUAAUUCAAAACGAUAUCUUCACUAGUUACAGCAGGCAAUAAAAACUUCAGGUUGUCAAGCGAAUGUAUCAUGAGGAUACAUUACGCGGCGCUUGCA